UAUUUGGACGAAAGAUCAAUGUGCUUGCUCAAUUUCUUACCAUGAAGAUAAUAAGAAUGUAUAGGAACAUCACCAAAGUGCUAGAACAAUCAGAUUGUACACACUCCUUCAAUCAGCUGGCACCUCAUCACUAAUGUAAAUGCUGAGGUACCAAUAAUGCACCAGAUACUACUAUUUGGUUAACUAUAUUUCCUACAAACAUGGUACUACGACUUAACAUUGACCAAAUAGAACUAGCGACACGCGAUUGGAUUUGCAAAGUUCAAAUUGUCGAAAUAGGCCGCCCAGAGAAAGCCUUGACAAAAUGUACAUUCCAAAAUUUGAUUUGGAAGAUGAAGAGGAAUGCCAAAUUAAGGCUGUUAUGUACACUGGUGAGAUUGAGCAGUAUGCAGAUAAGCUUAAACUCCUCCAUACCUACCUCAUCUCUACUGCAAAAGUUAAAGUCUCUCCCACUUCAUACGGCAAGCCAAUACAUAAACUUUACUGGAUUCUUGACAAAGAAACAGUAAUUGAACAAAUCAAACCAUCUCAUGCAGUUGAAAAACCCCUCCCGCUGCCAACAAAGCUCAAUAUCACAACCUUUGACCGUAUUCCUCAUCUAAUGGUUGAUUCUACUGCUGAAAUAGAUAUACUGGCAAUCGUUCUUCGUUGUGGUCCUCAAAAAAUUGCCGGUCGCAGUCAUCAUAGGUGUCGAGAAAUUACCCUUUGUGACAAUCAGAAAAAUCAGUUUCUCUUCACUCUAUGGGAGGAUUUUGGAGAAAUAGAAGGACAUCAAAUUGCGUCUCAAAUGGCAACAGCAGCAGAUCUGCUUGUAGUCCUCGGAAGGAGUAUAGGAAUCUCUACUUAUCACGGGUUGUCACUGCAGACUAGGUACAACUCCACAGUACGUGUGAAUCCAAAUUACCCACAGGCAGUCACGCUCAUGAACUGGUACUAACAUUUCAUAUUUAUUCUAUAGCUUCAAAUUACA